AUGACCGAUCACCAAACCCUUUUCCACGCGGUUGAUUCCGGCGGUGAAGAAUCAUCGCCAAUUCGACAGCAUUUACGUACGCCCAAGUGUGCCCGCUGUAGAAACCAUGGAGUAAUAUCGUGCCUUCGGGGUCACAAGAAAAUGUGCCGAUGGCGUGAGUGUCGUUGCCAGAGCUGUCUGCUGGUGGUGCAACGUCAAAGGAUUAUGGCCGCUCAGGUGGCUCUGCGAAGGCAACAGCAGCAGCAGCAUUCGUGUGCCGCAACAGGAGGAGUAGGAGCUGCAGCAGUGACCAAUGGUUGUGAAUCGGCUGGUGGAAAAACGUUUAACAUGGAAGAUUUGAUGCUUCAGAAGCAGAUCUAUAGUCAACAGUUGAAGGGUGUGCAGAAAUCGAAGAUGGCUUGCAGGAAUAUGUUAUACGAUUCCCGCAAAUUCGCUCCCUUCUUCGAGUCUCCACUGACGGAACGGAUCCGCAAGCGGCGAGCCUUCGCCGACAGCCGUCUAAUGAGUGCUCCAAUUCUGAUGCCAAUCCCCAGUUCCCCACCGACGACGACGACGACGGCAUCAUCGACCUACAUCCUACCGACUCGCCUACCAUCGGAUUCCUUAUUUGUUCCGUUGAAGCCGCUGAUUCUACCACCGAUGGAAUUUGUCCGAAACAGUUUGCAACUAGAAUCGAUGUCGUCGCUGGAGCGAAGAACGCAGCUGGAAGCUGCUAUACCCCCGAAACCGAAGCUGUCAUUCUCGAUAGAAUCGAUCAUAGGCGUGAAAUGAAAUGGAUUUCUUUCUUAUGUUUAU